GUCUCAAUAAAAAGACAAGAACAAUUCAAUUGUUGAAAAUUCAAAGCUUCUUGGAUGUUCUUGGUGUGUAGUUUAAAUAAGAAACAAUCACACGUCAACAUCUGAUUAUUGUUGUUCAUUCAUACCGUAUCCAUUUCCUUAUCCUUAUCGUCAUCACUAUCGUCAUCACCCAUACCAUUCCUAUCAUCUACCACAACACCUAUAGUCUCCUCUUCCCACACCACAUACUUCAGAUACGAAAAUGGUGGUGUUUAUCGAUCUCGAAGAUGAUUCCGAACCUCCAGAACAAGUGGGAAAUGAAUUGAGCCACUUGCAGAAUGGAAUAAAUGGAUUUCAAAAGCCGGUUUGGGGCGGAUUUGGGGAGGCGAACAAGGGAGCAAAUGCACUUGGAUUGACGUUGGAUCAAGACGACAGGGUGAAUCCAAAUAAAAAUGUCAUCACCGAGGCAUUGGGCUGUUAUCCUAUCAUAUCUGCCAUCGCAGCUAAUAUCGACCUCAACACUCUCGAUGCACUCUCUCAUACAUGCCGUCAAGUUCGCGUCAAUCUCCUUCAAUUUCGCUCCAAGCUUCUCACAUCAACCCUUCAUUGCGAAAACGAGGAUGUAGAGCUCGAUCCCGAACACACAUUUCGUUAUCGAGCGCGAGCCGCAGAUUACUAUUUUGUUGAAAGCGGACGCGAUGCACACGGUAGUGGAAAAGUGGGUGAUUGUGCCAGAGAUUUGGUGGGAGAGUGUCGCAAGUGCGGAAGGGUGGUUUGUAGGAACUGCACUAUUAAACCACCUAGCCCCGUUCUCUUACGUCAUCGUCAUCGACGCAUGUGUAAGAUAUGCUCGAAGGCUCCUCUUUCUUCUUUGGUCGCUGGCUCUUCAUCAUCAUGUUCCCCCUCUUCUUCCUCAAAUACACAUGAUCAUACCCUUUCACUAUCCCCUGAAACAAUCAAAGGUUCUCUCUGCAGUUGUCCAACAGCUGUUUGGCUCUGUCAACCCUGUGGACGCUCCCUCCGCUCCACUGAUCAAGAAUACGAAGGCAUUUGGAAAUGGCGUACACGUUACCUUCCAUCCCUAGGUGGUCUUGGCGUUGGUAUCGGUGAAGGAAAUCGUGGUGUUCCCUGCGGUCUUGGUAGUACUUGUCUAGCUGCCAUUGAAGUAGAACAAGAAACCGACUGUGACGCCGAAGACGCGCGUGAAUUUGAAGAAUCUAGUCGAGCCGGGUCUCCAGCAUCUAGUCCUGGAGGAAGUAUAUUUGGAGGCACGAGUCCGAAUAGCAGUGAGAGAAAUUUGAGUCUAGGGCCUGGAUAUGCAAGACAUGAAAUUGAGGGGAUUGGGGGGAUCAUGAAGAAGAAGAGAGUUAAGAUGGUGAAGGUAGGGGCUUGUGUGCCAGAAUUUGGUGAUGAAAAAAGUGAGGGGAGGUAUUUGGUUAGGGAGAUGGAGGGAAGGGCAAGGAGUUGGUGUGGAUGGUGUCAUAGGGUUGUCAAGGGGAAUGAUGAUGUCGUUUAACAAGCUAAGCUAGCGAAGUGGCGGAUCGAGUGGAGGGGGCAGAGUGUAGGGGUGAAGGAGUUACAACGAGUAUCGAAAAACAACCAAAAAUUGAGGAUACUGAUAUGUCUGGUAGCGAUGUAGAUAGAAGUAUGAGAGCAUAGCACACAACGUGUACGAAGAGUGGGAAUUAGGAUACUUAAGUAAAUACACGUGGGCGAUUACGAUUUGGAAGGAUUGGGGGACAAGGUGUUCACCUAUGGAAUUAAUGAUACUUUUAUUGUUCAUCUUUCGAUUGCAGAGCCAUGACCUCAUUUCUCAAUCAAUACACGAGAUUGAUGAAGCUAAU